AUGUCGCGAGUCCGUCUUCGCUCGGCGUGGAGCCGCGCUGCUUCGACCCUUCUCUUCCGCGAUUCGUCUGCGUGGAAGUCGUCGAUCGAGCUCGCAAUCUCGACUCACCCUAGUAGUUGUAUUGCCUCGAGUCGGAAUAUCGGUUCCGCAUGGCUUAUUCCGCAGCGCAUCAGCCGGACCAGAAUUGUCACGCCCGUCCACGACCGAUAUCGCCGUUUCGCAUCCGGAGUUGACGGAACCGGAUUUGACGGAGGUCAGGGAGCGACGCGAGACAGGGGUGAUGGUGCCAGCGCGAUUGGCGGGGAGCCGAAGGAUGGGUCGACGGCUCGAACAGCGGCUGCCGCGAUUGGCAGAGACGAGACAGACGGAGUGCUUGUACGCGAUUUCAUCCACACCAGCCUCUAUCAUCCCACGGACGGCUAUUUCACAUCCAACGCUGCUGCUGUGGGUUCAAUCCCGCACCCAAUCAGCUUCCGCCAGCUGGCGGGGCGACGGGAGUGGAUGGCGCUGCAGCAGUCGCUCUACGCCUCUGCUGAUACCUCCUGGUUCACUCCCUCGGAGCUGUUUCAGCCAUGGUACGGCUAUGCUGUCGCAGACUUUAUUCUCUCCUCCCACUCUCCCACCAAGCCUCUUAAGAUGUAUGAGGUGGGAGGGGGCGGAGGCACGCUGGCUCGCAACAUUCUCGACCGCCUGCAGGCGAAGGCUCCUGCUGUGUACAGGCACUGCCGAUACACCUCGGUGGAAAUCAGCCCAGCUCUCGCCCGAAGGCAAAGAGAGAGAAUCACUGGCUAUGCGUUGAAGCAUGGCAAUGCGGGUGAUUCAACUGCUUCAACUGCCACACAUACUUCAGCUGUCUCAGCAUCUACACCUGCCACACCUGCCACACCUGCCACUCCUCUUUCCGCUGCCACAGCCGCCCCAGAUUCUGGCAGUCAAGAUGGAGCCGCCUUAAGUGUUGGCAGGGCACGGCGAGGGGCCAAGGGCGCACGGGACAGCUCUGCCUCUCGUGCUGCUUUGAAUGGUGCUGCUCGGUGCUCCCCCUCGCAUGAGUCGGUGCACUCCGUGGCGGUGUUUGAUGCUGCUGAUGUGCGCGGCUGGGGUGAGUGGUGGAGUGGAGUGCAUGUGCGGGGUGAGUGGUGGAGUGGAGUGCAUGUGCGGGUGGGAGGACGGGAGGAGGGGGGUGUGUAUCGGGGGAGUGAGGGACGGGUGGGUGAGGAGAUGGGAGACAGGGAAGGGAGGGGUGUGAGUGGGGUGGGUGCAUUGGUGCAUGUGUUUGGCACUGCUCGCACCAAGCGGUGCAGUGUGUUUGGGAUAAGGUGGGGGAGGAGGGAAGUGGGGAGGGGAUGGAUGGACUGA